GCAAAAUGGCGGACGAGGAUAUUACGCUUGAUGGGAAACCGUUGCACUCACUCCGAGUCGCGGAUCUGAAAGCCGCCCUGGAGCAGAGGAACCUGCCGAAAAGCGGACAGAAGAAUGCGCUGAUAAAGCGUCUGAAAGGGGCCCUAAUGUUGGAGAACCUACAGAGGUCAUCUUCCUCCCACAUUGGGCUGCAGCCCAACUCUCAGAUUGGGGAGGAGAUGAGCCAAAACAGCUUCAUAAAGCAGUACCUGGCAAAACAGCAGGAACUUCUACGUCAGAAACUGGAGCGAGAGGCCCAGCAAGCCGUGGAGGCCGAUGAAAGCCCAGGGGUGCCGGAGGAGGAGGAAGACCACACAGAGGGCAGUGACGGCUCCUCCUUUCUCUCCAACAGGCACCGUCCCAUGCCUUCUCAGCCACCACUGACUAGAGCAGAAGAGGAAGGAGGUGGCCCAUUGGCAGGACAGGGGCUGACAGGGCGAAGGCAUGACAUGGGCCCUGGCUCCAUCCCCUUCCACCAGGAGUCCCCCGAGGCUCCGGGAGCAUGGCUGCAGAGAUCAUCGCUUCAGCCGGGACACGAGGAGCCAUCUGCUCCCUCCCCUCCCCGCGCUGUGGCCUCCCUGUCAGUGCGUGUCUUAGGCCAGCCGGAUCGCCAGGGGCUGCCUCCCACCAUGCCGCGAGCCCAGGAGAAGGAGGGCACAGCUCCUGCUGAGCCGGGCACAGCCUACUCAGUCCUCCACCUCAGCCGAUCUGCCGGGCCAGCAGCCAGAGAUCACGCUCAAGAGGAAAGCGAUGAUGAUGAUGAUGAUGAGAGUGAGGAAGAUGAUGACUGGGGGCCCAGUUCCGGCGUGGGGCGAAGGGGAAGCGCAACCACUUCUCAGUCCCAGCAGCCCUCCCCGUGCAUCCCAAUGGCGGCUGCCAGAUCUAGGCGCAAGCUCCAGCCGCCACAGCACAUCCCCCCGCCACAGGUACACCAGCCCCCCAUGCAGCUACGCCAUCCCACCCCUCCUCCCUCUCCACCCCCUGAGCUCUCUUUCCCCCUCCCUGACACCCCCAAGCAGAGCCCGCCAGACACUGGUGACCUGGAGGAUGAAGGUGACGCCCGGGGCCGUCAUCCCGCCAUGCGGCGCCAGGACUCGGACUCCAGUUCCUGCUCCAGCAGCCCUGAGCCCCGGCCAAACCGCGGGCCAGGCCCCCUGUCCCUGCUUGCUCGCAAGAUGGAGUCUGAGGGUGCAUUCCCUGUGGUGGAGGCCUCGGAAACGGCCAACAUGUCAGCGGUCGCAAGCUCCAGCAAGAUGCCUCUGCAUCACAUGGAGCAGGAGAGACACAGAGAGAGGAAAGAGAAGGAGGAGAAAGAGAGGCGACUGAAGGAAGAGGAGGAAGAAGGAGAAAGGAAACGACUGGAAGAGGAGAGAGAAAAAGAGAGGAGGCGACUGAAGGAAGAGGACGAACGAGAGAUGAAACGACUGGAGGAGAAGGAAAAGGAGAGGAGGCGCUUGGAGGAGGAAAGAGAAAAGGAGAGGAUGAGACUGGAGGAGGAGCAGAAAAAAGAGAAGAGGCGACAGGAAGAGGAGAGAGAAAAAGAGAGGAAACUUCAAGAGGAUUUGACAGUAAGGGAGGAGAAACGGUUAGAAUCGGAGAAGGAGAAGCAGCGGGAGGCAGAGAAGAGAGAGAAAAACUCAGCUCCCACCAAUACGAGUACAUCCAGUACUCUCUUGACAGGGAAGACAGCCGGCUACCCAGCAGGAUACACUGCUCCCACUGCCAAGGCCACCGGUGAGCGUGGCUCGGUGGUGGUGAGCGAGGCCCAGGACUCUGGCUCUGCAUCAGAUUCUGACUCCGGAUCUGAUUCUUCACCACGCUCCUCCCAAUCCCCCUCCUCCUCCUCCUCCUCCUCCUCCUCCUCCUCCUCCCGGGAUAAGCCCUGCCCUGACAAACAGCUCAAGGUUAGUGACUGGCCUGAGAAGCCUGAUCAGAGACACGUGGCAGAAGAUGAGAAAAAGAGGAGCCGGGAUGAAGGGGAGCAGAGAGGAUUCCCCUCAGAGAGAAUGUCGUCUGGGGAUGAAAAUUCCGAUGCUAGCAGGUCCAGCCAGGCACCUGCUAGCAACAAGUCGCUUCCCAGAAGGAAGACGGGCCGCUCGUCGAGAGAGGAGCGGAAACAGAUUGAGCCGCUGGCCAAAAUGAUGGAGGAGGUACAGAACAUGGUCAGAGAAUUCAGAGACACGUUUGACGAGAAGAUCAAGAGGCACAUUGACCCGAUUCUAGCCAAGUUUGAUCAGAUGGACAAGUGCCUCUCUGAGAAGACGCGUGCGCUGGAAUCCGCCAUUACGGAAUGCGAGGAGUCUGUCGAGUUGAACCGAGCGGACGUGUUCGAGCUCCUGAACAAGGGUGAUACCAGAGAUGGAAAAAUCGGUAAAUUGGAACUUCAGGUGGAAUAUCUGACCGAACGCUGUGCUGAUCUUGAGUCGAGGUCUAGGAGGAAUAACCUGAGAAUCAUUGGCCUGCCGGAGAGUUCUGAGUCGCCUCCGCAGCACGAGUUUGCUGCGAGGUUCCUGAAAGACAUGCUGAACCUGACCACGCUGCCCAGAGUUGAGAGAGCUCAUCGUGUGGGACACGUGUGGAGCGGGGAGGAAGGGAACCGUCCCGCGGCCAGGCACUACCUGCUCUGCCUGCAGACCUUCAGGGAGAAGGAGGAUAUUCUGGAGAAGGCGCGGAAGAUGGGUGUUCUUAAAUACAAGGACGCACGGAUCCACAUCUUUCCGGAUCUUUCUACCGUCCACGCGCAGAAACGGGCCAAGUUCGAUGAGGUUCGGAGGAGGCUGCGACAGGACCACCCCUCCUUCAGAUACCACUACAACUUCAGCGCCGGUCUGGUCCUGCUCCCCAAACCCAGAGAGCGUCACGUCUUUGCCGACCCCAAGAAAGCCAUGCGGUUUCUGGACACCCUGGGUCCACCAACAUGGCCGUCACGCAUGCAGUGCAUCUCUGACACCGACGCAUUGCAAAGCCGACCGAGCAGCCCGAACAGGAUUUUUCGCGUCCCCGGUUUUCAAGCCCCGCGUUACCGGAACAAGCGAGGGGGACAAAGCGCUCAUUUGCCCCGGGGCUCUCGGCCGGGCAACAUGCUGUCUGAAGGCAACAAAAACGGGGAGGUGUCGGAACCUAGCACCGCAGCCUUGACUGAGGUGGACCCAGACUCGGGGAGCUCCAUGGCCCAGCAGCCGGCCUCCGAGGCCGAACCUGAGAACAGUGAGGGCCGCCUGGAGGAGAGCACAACUCCCAAGACUUUUGCAGCUCGCAAGAUCUCUUUGACCAGCACCAAGACCUCUCCGGCCAGCACAGAAGGAGGUGCAGGUGGAGGAGCAGGAGACUCGGAGACAGGAGGCCAAGCAGGAAGGAAGAGGAGAUGGGGCUCCAGCACAGCUGUCACUGCCAAGAAACCCUCCAUCAGCAUCACCACCGACUCACUGAAGUCUCUGAUCCCAGACAUCAAGUUGAGCCAGGAGGCGGUGGUCGAGCUCCACGCCGAUGAGCUGCAGCUGUCUGGGGAUGAAGAGAAGCAGGCCACAGACCAUGGCCAGGGUGACAAAGACAAAGGCCUGAAGAUUAGACGCACUGUCACACAGGUUGUGUCUGGCGACAGCCAGGAGAAUGGCCAGGAGAACGAGGAGGAGAAAACAGAGAGAGAGAAACAAAGCAGGGCCUCCAGAGACAAGAGGAAGAACAGCCACUCUGAGGAAACCAUGGAAACACAGAGUCCAGUGAAGCACGACACAGAGGCGAAGAAAGUCACCCCCACUGACAGUCUGGUUCGUCGCUCCAUCAGCCAGCAGAAGUCUGGCGUGUCUGUCACUAUCGAUGACCCGGUCCGCACGACCAGGCAGCCCUCACCACCUCGCGGCAAACUAUCCAACAUCAUCCAUGUCACCAACCUGGUACGACCCUUCACCCUGGGCCAGCUGAAAGAGCUCCUCAACCAGACGGGCAGCGUGGUGGAGGACGGAUUCUGGAUCGACAAGAUCAAGUCUCACUGCUACGUCACAUACACGACACCGGAGGAGGCUCUAGCCACCAGAACGGCCCUACACGAGGUGAAAUGGCCCCAGAGCAACCCCAAGCUCCUGUGUGUGGACUUCUGUGAACAGGACGAGCUGGACUUCCACAAGGGCCUCCUGAAACCAGACAGAGCAGAGGAGAACCAGGGGGUCCAACCGGUGGUCCCUCAACCCCGCCUUCCCCCGCUUAUGCCUGAAAGGGAUCGAGAUCGGGGCACAGGAGGUGUGCGGGACCAGUGGGCGGAGCGGGAGAGGGAGAUGGAGCGGCGGGAGCGGACACGAGGCGAGCGGGAGUGGGAUCGUGAUAAGAUCCGUGAGUUCGGGAGGCCGAUGCCAGAUGGACGGCGCUCUCGAUCCAGAGACAGGGAGAGGAAGAGGCGGGAGAGGGCCAAGAGUAAGGAGAGGAAGUCUGACAAGAAGGAAAAAGCAGAUGAGCCCCCUGCAAAACUCGUAGACGACUUGUUCCUCAAGACCAAAGCGGCUCCGUGUAUAUACUGGCUCCCCCUCACCGACGAGCAGGUAACACAAAAGGUUUUGGACCGUGCUGAGCGUCAAAAGGAGAGAGAGCGCCGACGCAAAGAGCUGCAGGAAGAAGAGGACAAGAAGCGAGAGGAGGAGAAGAAGGAGAGACUCAAGGGCAGGGAGAAAGAGGGCGGAGGAGGAGCAGUGGUGUCUGCCGGGAGCGUCGGAGGAUCCCGGCGGGGAGCGGACGUAGAGAGGAAGCGGGGUCGAGAGCGGGACGGGGACCGGAAGAGGGACAGCCACCGGCCUAGAGGAACCUCCGGGAACGCUGCCAGUGGACGACGGUCCCGGAGCCGUAGCAAUGCCAGGGACAGACGCCACUGAGGGCCAGCAGCCUUGUGAAGGGAAGUGGGGGAGUGUAUGUGUGUGUUUGGGGGGGGGGGGGUCGUUUUCUG